AAUACACCAAGGCAAAGUCAUAGUUUCUAUCCUUCUUCUUCUCUAUUACUGUAAGCACCACAGGAAACAGGUUUUCAAGGACAAGGCAUGAAUGGAACAGCCAUUUCAAACUUUGCCUGCGUCAUUUUUAAUGUUUCCUUCAUGAAUUGCACAUGGCAUGUGGGCAGGACUGCUACAGAAGACACCCAAUAUUUCCUGUACUGGGGGUCCUUGAAGAAUAAAAAUGUCACAGAAUGCCAAAAUUACAUCAAAGAUACCCAUGGAAGGCACACGGGAUGUCGAUUCCAAAACGUGACAAUAAAAAAUAACAAUCCUUAUUUCCUGGUAAAUGGGUCCAGAAGCGGACAAAGCAUUCAGUCAUAUGAGGAGUAUAUAAAGCUAUACAAAAUUGAAAAACUCACCCCUCCACUAAAUGUCACAGUGAACUGUACAGAAGCUUCUCGUAGAUGUAGUAUUUGGUGGCAGCCACCUCGCACAAGUCAUGUGGAAAACAUGAGUUGUUUCAAAUAUGAAAUUGUCAUAGAAAACAAGGCUGAUGCUGAGAAAAACCCCAAAACUGCAUCUAACACAACAGAAAUCACUGAAAAUGACUCCUACCUAUAUGAAAGCUUCAGCUCAGGAAAAAGGUAUACCGUCAAGAUCAGAGCAACAGAUGCAGGCUUUUGUAGAGUAAGCUCAAACUGGGGAGAGUGGAGUACACCUGUGGAGUUUGGCAUGAAGGGCUCAGCCAUUGAAAACUUCUCCUGUAUGAUUUAUAACAUCUUCCUCAUGAACUGCACUUGGCAGGCAGGAAGGGAUGCUCCAGCAGACACACAGUAUUUUCUCUACUGGCAGCAGUCAAGAGGUGAAGAGGAGAUGGAAUGUGAACUUUACAUUAAAGAUGAAAAUUUCAGAAAUGUGGGAUGCAUCUUCCAAAACGUGAGCAUAGGGACUGAAAAAGCUUACUUCCUGGUGAAUGGGUCUAGCAACAACUCCCUGAUACAGUUCUAUGAUGAGUACAUUGACCUGUAUAAAAUUGAAAAGCUCAUGCCUCCAUCAAAUAUCACAGUCACCUGUGAUGAAAUUAAAAAUUAUUGCAUAAUUCAAUGGCAACGACCCCAAAUAAGUCAUUCUAGCAAGGACAUGUGUUUUAAAUAUGAAAUCAACAUAAAGUAUAAGGGUAAUCCUAAAGGAAAAUCCAUAUAUACAUCCAUACAAGAAGGGGGAAACAGUAACAUAUUUCUAAGAUCAAAUACAAGAAAGAAGUACAUCUUGAAAAUGAGAGCAUCUGGCAGUGCCUGCUUUGUGAGCCCAGCCUGGGGGGAAUGGAGCGCACCUGUUGAGUUCGGAAAUGAGGAAAUGAUAUCUUCUUCAGUAUGGAUUUUACUUGGGGUAGGAGUUGCAACACUCUUAAUGGCAAUCAUCACAAUUGUUUUCUGCAAAAGGACUGGCUGUUUGAAGGCAGCAUUUCCACAGAUCCCAGGACCAAAACCUGCUUUUUUUACACUGGCUAAUACAAAUCCAGAGCUGAUGGAGACCAACAUACAGUCAACAACAUCUGAAAAUGAAGAGAUAGUAUUAGUUGCUGACAUCGGGAGAUAGCCAAGAAAAAUGGAGGAGUCUGAAAGUGCAUUUCUUAGACAACUGUAUAUUCCUGUGGAAAGUCUGGAGUAAUAUAUAGGCUUUCUUUACUUUCUUCUUUUUCUUGCAUAAAAGCAUAAUGCAGCCAAGAGAGAAUGAUACCUUAUAUGCAAUCUUUUUAAAUGCCAUUGUAUUUGCUUUUAGUUUUGGCUAAUUUUAACUGUUUGGGUAAGUUGUCCUUAUUGGAUAUCUUCUAUUUUGUA